GGAACACUUCAUUCAGAAACCCGGUUGAAGUCGUUGGCAGCAAGGUAGAAACAGCAGAGCCGCGAGAACCGUAUUAGUAACGGCUAAUAAAAACAAAAGACUUAGAAGCAGAAGACAAAAUGGAAAAAUAAAAGCUUUUUACACGUUCUGAUAAACUUUAACAAACUGCACAGCACUUUAGAGGAGGUUAAAACUCAAACAAAAUGUCAGGAAGGAGCCAACUUUACGGGUUCCUUUCUUUUUUCAUUGGACUUUCUGCGCCUCUGCUUUCGUCUGCUGAGAAGCUGGGGGAUGGAUGUGGACACUCUGUUCUGGGUCAAGAAAGUGGAGUCCUGACUUCCAAGAACUAUCCCGGAACAUACCCAAAUCACACAUGGUGUAAAUGGAAGAUUCAAGUGCCGGAAGGAAAGACUAUCAUCCUGAAGUUUGGUGACCUGGAUAUUGAAGCACAGCACUGUGAAUCUGACUAUGUUAAAGUCUUUAAAGGAACACAGACUUUUGGAAAUGCUUUUGUGAUCUACUGUGGGAACCUGAAAUCUUACACAAAAGAGAUCCUCGUGGAUACCAAUGAGAUCACAGUUCAGUUUGAAAGUGGACAUCACCUAUCGGGACGUGGCUUUCUACUAUCAUAUGCAACGAGCAACCACAAAGAUUUGCUUACGUGCUUGGAUAAAGCCAGCCAUUUCCCAGAGUCAAAGUACAGCAAGUACUGCCCUGCCGGUUGUAAGGCAAUAGCAGGAGAUGUUUCUGGGGAUAAUUCAGAGGGUUACAGGCAUACGUCCGUUCUUUGUAAAGCUGCCAUUCAUGCUGGGGUUAUACUUGAUGAAUUGGGAGGCCAGAUAUCAGUCAUUCAGGAUAAAGGCCUCGGUCGGUAUGAAGGCAUCAAGGCGAACGGCAUUCAGACAAAAGAAGGGUCUUUGUCUGACAAGCGGAUUGUGUUUAGCACCAAUGAUUGUAGUAAGCCACUGAUCUUGGAUUCGGGAGCCAUCACAGCCACAUCUGCCUGGCAGCAAACCAAUGAAAAUGGACAGGUCACUGAGUGGUCUGCAGAGAAUGGCCGUCUUGAUGUUCAAGGAUCUGCGUGGGCAGCUGAUCAUAACAACACCCACCAGUGGAUGCUUAUAGACCUUGGGGAGAAAAAGAAUAUAACAGGCAUCAUCACUUCUGGAUCUACACUACCAAGUUUUAACUUCUAUGUGCAGAGUUACACAAUCAAGCACAGCAAAGAUGGGCAGAAAUGGAGGAUGUACAGGCAAGCUGGAGGUACAGAAGAAAAGAUAUUUGAGGGAAACCUUGAUUACUGGCACCAAACACGGAACAACUUCCUCCCAUCAAUUGUUGCUCGCCACAUAUGCAUCAUUCCACAAACCUGGCAUCAGAGGAUAGCCAUGAAGGUGGCGCUAAUUGGAUGUCCGCAACAAAAAGCAAAUGCUUCAGAGGUACCUAUACCUCAAAACACAAGCCCAGAUACAAAUCCACAUGCAGAAGAUGAUGACAUAACAGAGACUUUUCUAUCCCAGACUGACCUAGUGAAACUAGCCAUAUUUGUGGUCCUAGCCAUCCUCUCGUUAGUCCUUCUGUUUGUGGGCGUUUGUGUUUACAAGACUUUCCGGAAGAAGAGGACAAAGGAAAAUGCAUAUGGGUUAUCUGAUGCUCCUAAAGCAGGCUGUUGGAAACAGAUCAAACAGCCUUUUGCCAAGCACCAGUCCACAGAGUUUACCAUCAGCUACAGUCCUGAAAAAGAAAUGCUGAAUAAACUGGAUGUGGUCAAAAGUAACAUGGCAGAUUACCAGCAGCCCCUAAUGAUUGGAACAGGGACAGUGACGAGAAAAGGAUCCACGUUCAGGCCAAUAGACACUGACACUAAAGAGGAAAUCGGCAGACAGGACCCUGCGACCCACUACGACUAUCUGCAGACAGCCAAUCAGUAUGCACUGCCUUUGACCAAUCAGGAACCAGAAUAUGCCACCCCUAUAAUAGAGCGCCACAACUUCAGGAAAGAUGCCUACACACCAGACAUGGGUUACAAUGUGCCAGCAGUUGGUUUAUCCAAGAAGCCUUCUUUCAAUGCAAGUGAUUGCAAUGGGUACAACAAACAGGAAAGCCUCACUGGAGAUUACCAAACACCACAAGUUAUAACCGAAAGCACGCUGAAUGAAGAGGCAGGGUAUGAUAGACCUAAACUGAGCAUUGCUUUGGCCACAGCAACCGCUGGUACGGACUAUCAGAAGCCACAGGUCACUUUGCCAGUGACUGAAGGCUACUCGGCUCCUAGAGACUGUUUAAAACCAGCAAGUCCCCGGCAACAGUAAAAGAAAUAACAAUAAAAAAAUGGCGCCUGUGCGGACACUGUUACAGCGCACAGAUGCUGACUAUUUAUGGCAAUAAUUGAACACUUUCCAGUGAACUACAGAAACUUUGUUGAGAUAAAUUAUUACUGUAAUUAUUUCUUAUCUAUUUUAUUAUGAUGGAAGUACAUUUGGUCUUUGUACAUAAUGUCUGACCUGCUAUUCUGCUUUGACAGGCAUAUUCCAGAUACUGAUAUUGGAAGCAGUAGAUUAAAGCUCCAUUUUGUUUUUGUUUUUGUUUUUUUUUU